AGGCGGGAAUGCAAAGGGGGUGGAGGGGGGAGGCAGCGCUGCGAGUAUCGUGUAGCAGGCUAGAUUGAUUACUUAGGAGUGUUAAAGGGAAAGCAAGCAGGCGAGCAGGCAGAUUUUUGUCUGGGACUCGAGUGAUUGUUGCCGGAGCUGCCAUUCCACUUGUUCUUUUUUCCCCCCUUCCAUCUCACUCUCCUCUCGCUCUCUCUCUCUCCCUCUCUGACUCUCCCUCUCUUUUUCUCCUUCUCUCGCACUUUGUCUCUCUGUACUGGGAGCCCUCCCGCUGUUGUCCAAGGCAGAGCAGGGUCAGAUGAAAGGCAAACGCUGGACUCGCUGGGGCAGACGGAUGUCUCAUCUAUCAGUGCCGCCAAAGGGGAGACGUGCAGGCGCACACACACACACGCUCACACACACACUCUCUCUCACUCACACACACACACACACAGUCAGAGGAACAGGAGAGGGCUGUGUGUGUGUCUGUGUGUGUGUGUGUGUGUGUGUGCCUAAACCAGGAAGGGGGCCAGAGCAGAGGAGAUGUGAUAGCACAAGGGUGAGGGGAGGACAUGCGAAGAGGAGCAGGAGGAGUGGAGGGAGAUAGGUGCUCGUCCUCCCGCGGUCUCUGUACUCGCUGCGUUAUUUGAAAGUGGAAAGUCGACUCGAGUUCCCCCCCGCUCUCGUGCUUUUUGCGGCUGGUGGGAUGAGUCGCUUGAGGAGGCACGAGCCGGAGGCUCCCUCUUUCUCUUUCUCUCUCUCUCUCUUUUGCUCUUUCUCUCUCUCUUUCUUUUCUUCCCUCGCUCUGUCUUUCGCUAUCGCUCUGUCCCUCCCUACUCUCGCUCUUGCGCCACUCAAAGGGACUUCUUCAGCUCGAGCCUCCAAUUCCUCCUCCUCUGACAUGAAGGGCACAGGAAGCGGUCAUGUCUGCAGACUCCUUCGGAGCAGGUGGCAGCGAUGCCCAACAGAGCCUGCAGUCCUUCUGGCCCAGAGUCAUGGAGGAGAUCAGGAACCUCACUGUGAAGGAUUUUCGCGUGCAGGAGCUUCCAUUGGCCCGCAUAAAGAAAAUCAUGAAACUGGAUGAGGAUGUGAAGAUGAUCAGUGCAGAGGCUCCAGUGCUGUUUGCCAAAGCUGCUCAGAUCUUCAUCACAGAGCUCACCCUCAGAGCCUGGAUCCACACCGAGGACAACAAGAGGCGCACCCUGCAAAGGAAUGAUAUCGCCAUGGCGAUCACCAAGUUCGACCAGUUUGACUUCCUCAUCGACAUCGUGCCCAGAGAUGACCUGAAGCCGCCUAAACGUCAGGAGGAGGUGCGCCAGACGGUGGCGUCGGCCGAGCCGGUGCAGUACUACUUCACGCUGGCGCAGCAGCCGGGCACCGUGCAGGUCCAGGGUCAGCAGCAGGGCCAGCAGACCACCGCACAGACCGCCACCACACUACAGCCCGGCCAGAUCAUCAUCGCCCAGCCACAGCAGGGACAGGUGUUGCAGGGAACCACUAUGCAGCAGCUGCAGCAGGUGCAGGUAGCCCAGUCACAGAACACACCCAUCACGAGUGCUCCGGUGACCAUGCAGGUGGGUGACCAGCAGGUGCAGAUUGUGCAGGCGACUGCUCAGGGCCAGCAGACACAGGUGCAGCCGGCCGGACAGACCAUGCAGGUCAUGCAGCAGAUCAUCACCAACACGGGGGAGAUCCAACAGAUACCGGUGCAGCUGAGCUCAGGCCAGCUCCAGUACAUCCGCCUGGCUCAGCCAGUGUCGGGCACGCAGGUCGUUCAAGGGCAAAUACAGACGCUUGCUACCAACGCUCAGCAGAUCACACAGGAGGUGCAGCAAGGCCAGCAGCAGUUCAACCAGUUUACUGACGGACAGCAGUUGUAUCAGAUCCAGCAGGUCACCAUGCCCGCGGGACAGGAGCUGACCCAGCCCAUGUUCAUCCAGUCCACCAAUCAGACCCCAGACGGCCAGGUGACCACGCAGGUCAGCGCAGACUGAGCCCCCCCACCCCCCCACCCUCUCCCUCCAGCUCCUCACGGCCCCCCGGGUGAUGAGGCGAGGGGUGUGUCCUGUCCCCCCCUCGUCCCCCUCCAACGCAACGCCCACGACGCCCCUGACCUCCAGGAAAUCGGAGGGGUGGGCCACUACGCCCGACCCCACCCUCACACUACCCCUCUCAUACCGUCAGGCCCAGUUCAGUUCAGCCCAGCCCCGCCCCACACACACACACACACACACCCAGAAGCCCGUCACCAUCCUCCAUCGUCCGCUCCUCUGUAAAAAAAAAUAAAAAAAAGCCGCCCUCUGCUCUCCGAGAGCCGACCCCAAGGGCUCAGAGCCCUCCGUCAGUCCCCUGGCUCCUCGUCCUCUCCCGCCUCCUCCGGUGGGAGUCUGGAGAGGUGCCGACGGCCGGAGAGCAGCCUAACCUCCUCAGCCGUGAGACCCAGCUGACAUCUGCUGCAGAUCCGACCUGCCGUGGGACUUCGAUUCCUAAACACCCAGUCCGGUCUUUCUCCGAUACGAUACGGGCUCCAUUUCUUACACUUCCUUUGUCUCUCUUUCGCUUGCUUUCUCAUUCUCUUUUAUGUCGUUUCAAUAGUCACUAUUAACAAUCUUGUGUUGGUGUCCUAAUUUCUUUAUAUCUAUCUGACUGACUUUUUUUCCCCUCUCUCUCGUUUUCCCUUGUCUUCGUUAAGUGACCCUGAGCUCAUCCUCAUGGCUUGGUCUCUCUCUCUCUCUCUCUCUCUCUCUCUCUCUCUCUCUCUCUCUCUCUCUCUCUCUCUCUCUCUCUCUCUCUCUCUCUCUCUCUCUCUCUCUCUCUCUCUCUCUCUCUCUCUCUCUCUCUCUCUCUCUGUGAUGUGUCUGGUGUCCUAAGGAAAGGGCUUCCAGUCGAUCUGCUCCAUCUUUGAGCUAAGGAGACCUUGCUGUCCGCUUGGACCGAGAGGAAUCAUGACAUCUCAUGUGUAGCCGUAAAACGAUUUCAAAAGUAAUAAAAAAAACAAACUAAGCCAUAAACUACACACACACACACACACACACACACACACACACACACACACACCGUCUAACCCACAUACAUACACACAUCACUGUACAGUAACAUGAUAAUACAAACUCGAAACUGCUGGAUCAGCUCCAGAAGAUGUACCUACUUUCGUUAUUUUGAUAAGUUUUCAUUUGAGAAGUGUCCAGCAUUGUGAAAUUGAUGUCAAGGGCUUUUUUUUUAUGUUGGGAUCUUGCACACAUUACGCGGGCCUCAAUAAUCUGUUUGUGUUUGGAGGGGAUUUUUGUGUGUGGCAAUGUUUAUUUGUUUGUUUUUUCUCCCUCUUGUUUUUGUUUUUUGUUUUUUGUUUUGUUUUGUUUUUUUUUCCCUCGUUGGAUAUCGUGCCGUAAACUUGCCCCUCUCACAGUCGUGAGCAUUGUCCUCUCAUCUCUGUCCUGUCUUUCUUCAGUGUUUUUGAAAGAAUUGUUCUGCGUACGUCAGAACUGUUCUGUCCUCUCUCACACUCAUCCUUUUCUCACCCCCCUGUACAAAACUGCAUUUCUUCUGGGAGCAAGAGGCUCUUUUAUACUCCUUUUAAUACAAGACGUAAUUGUCAAGUAGAUUUUUAAAGAUGAAUGCCCUUUCGUUUUUCACUUGAGGUAUUAUUAUUAUUAUUAUUAUUAUUAUUAUUAUUAUUAUUGUUAUUACCUACAUUCAUUGUUGGUCUUACUAUUGAUAUUUUGCAUGUAGUUACAACUGCCAGCAUGAUAUGCAACUAGGUACAAUUUUUAUUUUUGUUUUUAUUUUUUGUUGUUUUUGUAAACAAACUUUGAAAUGUGGGAAAAUAAAAAAGUGAAACCU